CAACAUGUGGCCGUUGCCCUGGAAUAAAAGCAGGUUGCUGAAGGCAAAUUUUGAGGUCUUGUCUUGAGCUGCCUGGUGAGAAUCCCCACAGCGCCCGAACAUGUCUGGCCGUGGAAAAAAAGCUGCCCCAAAGACCAAAUCCCCGGUUUCCAGAUCUGUUCGGGCCGGCCUCGUCUUCCCAGUGGGCCGCAUCCACAGGAUGCUGAAGAAGGGCAACUACGCCAAACGUGUGGGCAGCGGCGCACCCGUCUAUCUCGCUGCCGUCCUCGAGUAUCUCUGCGCCGAGAUCCUGGAUAUGGCAGGCGACGCCACCAAGCAAAACCAGAAGAAGCGCAUCUCUCCACGCCAUAUCCUGCUGGGCGUGAGAAAGGACAACGAUUUCAAUAAACUUCUGGCUGGCGUCACCAUCUCUGAAGGCGGUGUGAUCCCCAACAUCAACGCGGCGCUUCUUCCGAAAAAGACCAAGCCCCCCGCAGCGGAAAACACUUCUGAUGAUGUUCAGUCACAAGACUUUUAAUUGCCAUUUGUACCCGUUUAUUUAAUAAAGGU